UGGCUCUUUGUUUCAGCAAAGCACAGUCCACCUGUUUAUUUCCCCUCAUUUGCUGUAUGUAAAUAGACUUUCAGCUCAGUUUGCCUUUGCCUGUCACAGGUGUGCAGAGGUGUGCACAGGUGAGCCAGGUAGGAGAGCCACUGUAUUGUGUGACGCAUUUUGAAACACUUUCUCUACCAGCGAACACACAAGUGCCACUAAGAGAUAAAGUUGAAGAUGAACAGGAGCAUGACCCAAACAAAUGCUCUGACCUGGUUUCAGAUGAACCAACUGGAGGCAGUGAUUCAGAAUGGGGUUGUUCCAAAGUGGUUUCAUGGCAUUAUUUCCAGGAACGCAUCAGAGGAACUGCUAAUGUGUAAACCACCUGGGUACUUCCUCAUUCGAGUCAGUGAAAGCCGCAUUGGUUAUACACUUUCUUAUCGAGCUGAAGACUGUUGCAGACAUUUUAUGAUCGAUGCUGUGAAAGAUGGAUAUAUCAUCCUGGGAGACGAUAGACACCACCGACAUCUUGAGGAUUUGGUGGAUUUUCAUCGCAAGUUUCCAAUAACACCAUUUAAUGCCUUGUUAACUAUGCCAUGUGGGCAGAUCUCAGACAUAAAGACAGAUUAUGCAGAACUACUGUUUCCACAAAACAUGACCACCUCAGCUUCAGUGGAAGAUGUACCUCCUGUGGUUCCUUACAAACCAGAUAACUUGAUGGAUUCUGCAGCUCCACCUUCUAAUGCCCAACCAUCAAGCCUAUACCCAUCUUUGGACAUGUUCCAUAGUGCAAUGCCACCUGUAGACUUGGCGCUGACUUUUUCUUCGGCCCAAUCCUCUCAGCCUCCUGAACUACCAUCAAGAAAUGGGAACCCUGUGAUGUCCAAAACGCCUUGCAUUCGGACCAGAAGCAGACUUCCCAGUCACCCCAAAGACCACCGAAACCCCACUGAGUCACUGACAUCAGUAGUUAAUAACCUGAAGAAAUUUAAGAAGAAACUCUACAGGAAGAACAGCUCAUCUGACCAGGCUAUCUAUGAAGAAAUCCAAGUGAAUGCUGAGGUCAAACCAGAAGCUAAUCCAUAUGAAGAGAUUGCAGACCGUCAGAUUGUUCAAGAUGAGCAUGUAUCCUAUAGCUGCAUUGCUUUUGGUGCUGCUCUGCCUCAGGAGUACCUAGCCCCUCCUCCUUUUGCCCCAGGGCACAAAUAAACUGUCUAUUG